AUGAAACAUGACAGACCUGCAUUAGCUGUGCUUCAGGCGACAUCAGGGGGCCUCCAAGUGGCCUCCACGGCAGAGAUCCGCAGAGGCCAGAAGCCUGAGGCAAAGGGGCGCGGCUGGCGGCAGCCGGAGCGCCAUCCCCCGGGCGAGCAUCCUGGAGGGCGGCCCGCAGGUGGCGGCGCGGGCCGGCGGGCGGGGCGGUGGAAGGGGAGGGCUCGGCGCGCGUCCGGCGGUGACGGCAGCGCGGAGGGGAGGUGCGAACCGCCCGCCCGCCCGCUCGGGAGCCAUGGCGAGAGGCCGCGCCGCGGCGCCCGCAUCAGUGCCCGCGUCCGCAGCAGCGCCCCCGCCCGCCGCCCCGGGGCCCACCCCGCCGCCGUCCCCGCGCGCCCCGAGCCCGUGACGCCCGCGCGCCGCGAGCCAGGCGCCCCCCCCCACCCCCCGGAGAGGGGCUGCGCGCGGGAGGGAGCGCGGGGCAGCCGAGCACCCCGACGACCCCCGCGUCCCGGAAUCCCGGACCCCGAGCCCGCGAGCGCCAAGUCGGCGGCGGGCAGCAGGGGGAGGGGGCGCCGAAGCCGAGCCCCGCCGCGUGCACCCCGGUGCCGCCCGGCCGGCUGCUGCGGAGGGAACCGGAGCCGCCGGGCGGCGGGGGGCCCGGCCGGGGACAACGGGGAGGAGGAGGCGGCCGGCAGAGCCGAGCGCUCGGGUAGCCCCGCGCGGGAGGCCCCCGGGACCGCGCCGGCUACGGGGCCGCGCUCCGAGCGCAGCUCGCAGAUUCCCUGUAAGGAGCCCCCGCUGGUGUGCCAGACCUACUGGGGCCUGUCCACCCAACUGCCCCAGACUCCGGCAGCGGGGCCCCCGAUGGCAGUGGGUACCUCCCCGUGAAACCUGCCAAGCUGGACGCCA